UAAAAGCCAAUGAGACCGACUAUGUUAAUGUUCCGUUCUCCAAAUGAGAGGACUCCCGAGUUUUAUGCACCCCAGAUUGCCAACAAUGGGUUCCACAUUGGUGUCAAGAGUGUCGAGAGGAAAUAAGAGCUCUAAAAUAAAUUUAAAUGGGUCAUUUUCCAAGCAGAAGAGGUUUCUGGACUACAAAAUUAGGUCAAAAAUAACUUCUAAAAAGCUUGGCCCAGGGAGCUAUAAAGACUCAGAUAAUUUCAGAAAGCUUAGGCAGAAACCGUGAAUGACUAAAUUCUCAAAAUCUUCAGUUCUAGAUGACUCGAGCGAUCCGUGCUACAUGUACGUUGGGAAUCAUCUUAUGUACGAACCUGAAUUUGUAAGAAGCUUUGGACGAUCAACAUGACACAAGAGGGUCAACUCCGCCUCUGAUUUCAAGAAAACUAAGAAAGGCUGUACCAGAGAGUGAUACACGGUCCAGGAAGGUGAAGUCAGUCCUGAUAAGAAGAAGUCUGCACAAAGUGUAAAAAUGAAAGCUCGAAAUCAGAAAAUUAGAUUCUCAGCAAAUUAUACUGAAAUCAAGAAAGAAACAGUCUUAGUCAUGAAUGAGGAGCAAAAGACUGCCCAAAAUAGGCCAGAGACUCACCAAUUCGCUAAAAAUCAUGGCCAGAUUCGAGUUAAAAAUAAGAAGAGGGUUAAGUCACAGUCUAAAAAUACCAAAUCACAGGUUUUAUACCCGGGCAGAAAGAAAGGAACUUUAGAACCUUUGUCUGGCAAGUCAGCCCUCAAACUUCGGAGUAACCUUAAGCCUGGGCAGUUCAAAGUGACUGGGAAGAAAGCAGAAGGAGUGGAAGAAGAAAUGCAAGCAGAGAUUAACAAAGAUUCUAUUCAAAUCGCUACUCAAAAUAGGUCAAAUACUAGGUAUGAAGUCAAUGACUCCACCCUUGACAACACAGGAGAUUUAGAAGCUCAUUAUGAGAAAGAAGCAUCUUGUUCAAAAGAUGGUCAACAAAAUCUUUCAGACAGGAAAAAGGCCAUUCCAGGAUUAUCUAACGAUGUGAAAAACUCCAAUCUUAAUCGUAUUGCGUCUCAGGAGGCAUCUAAACCUUCUGUGCCAAAAGAGAACUUACCUCAGAAUAGGAUGAAGAAUCUCUACCGUGCAUAUGGGAAGCAGAGUUUCACCGAAGCGAAGAAGAGUACCUUAAAAUCGAUUAAGACUCGGCCAAAAUCUACUUUGUAAAGAUUGCCCAGUUCAAC